AUGAAUAGCACAAUUAAAUUGAAAGUAGAUUUAAAUAAAGUGGAUUAAAAGUAAAGUAUAUUGGAGAUUGUAGAAAAACUUUAAGGAGAAAUCUAUUUGGAAUAUGAUGGUCACAUAUAAAAUGCAUUAAUCCAAACUCAAAAUUUAAUUAUUGAUCCUAACAAUAUCUUUCAUUUGAAUAAUCAUAAUCAACUUUAAUAGGAUCAAUAUUUUAAUGAAGCUAUAGGAAUAUCUAAAAAAAUUAAAUUCAUUGUUAUUCAUAAUUUAAUGAAGAAUCACUUUUAUCAAAAAGCUAAAUUAUUAUAAAUGAAAAUAUUCCCAGAUUGGAAUUUAAGUGAAUAUAAAACUAUAUAACAAUUAAAUCCAACCUAAUAACAUCUUUUAGAAUAAAUAAAUUAACAAAUAAAUAAAAUUAUUUUAUUUUCUGCAUUUUCUAAAAAUUCAAUUGAAAAGAACUCUAAAAUCAAUUUUUUAUAUAAAUCAUUAGAUAAAUUAGCAGCCAUUUUAGAAACAAAUCAAGGAAAUUUAUUAUUAGGAGAAGUUUAAGAACCCUAUGAGUAUGCUAGAUACUUAAAUAAAUUGAUAUUCAUUAUAAAUUUGAAUGAAAAUGUUUCAGAAUUUAAUUAAAAUUUAAUGAUUUUAUAGAAAUAAAUUCUAUUAAAUCGUUUUAUAAAUGAUAAUUUUAAGAUUCACACAUUUAUAAUAUCAAUAACAAAACCAAAAUGUUCAAGAAUAGAAUUAAAAGAAAUUGCUUAUGAAUUAAUUAAAUAGAAUUAAAAUAUUAAUAUUAAAGUUGGUUAUAAUAGAUUUGAUAUCACAAGUUUUGAAAAAUUAAUUUAUUUUGAAAUAGAAUAAUAUGAUGAUGAAUAGAAUAUAGAAUAAUUCUUAUAAUAAGAAAUUCAGGAUAGAGCAUCUAAAAUAUUGAGAUUAAAUAUUUAAGAUAAAAUUAAUUUUGAAAACUUUAUUUGUAAAUUACCAUUUAUUACAAAUUCUAAUAUUAAAUUUAAGCAUUAGAAAAUAGGAAUAAAAUUAAAAAACUCAUUUUAUUAAGAUAAUUAAUUCAGAUAUUAAGUUAAUUAAUAAUUAAAAUAAUUGAAAUCAUAAUUAUUGCAUCUUAAAAUUGAUAAAAAUUUUAGUGUUUAUUUAAAUUUAGUAGAAAUUGAAUAAAAGAAAUAAAUUUUAACAAACUUAUUUAUGGAUGUUACUUAAUAAAAAUACAUAUUAUAUAUAAAUGAUGUCAAAUAAUAAUAUAUUGAAUUAAUAGUUUAUUUUCAUCAAUUCAUAAAAAAUGAUUUAAUAACUUUAGAAAAAAUUUUAAAUGAAACUAUGGACUAACUUCAGAUAGCUAGUUUAUAGAUGAAUGAACUUAAUUAAUUAGAAUUAACAAUUGAAUAAUUCUAAUAAAAAUAUAGUGCAUUAUUGUAUAUUGAGAAUCAAAAAUUAAAUUUUAUAUUACAUUCCAAAUAUUUAAAUUAAAUAAAGAAUUUACUUAAUAGUUACAAAACUUUAACACUCUUAUCUUAUAAACCAAAAUCAAAAUUAUAUGCUUAAUAGAUACUUUAUGAUUAUAAAAAUAAAAUUAUUGAAUAAUCAUAGGAGAUACUAUCAAUUAAAUUAUCAUCAAAUAAUGAAAUUCUUUAUUUUGAAUGUCCAACUAAAAAUAUGACAGUAUUAGAUAUUUUUAUAAAAUAUGAACAAGUCUUAGAUCAAUUAUUAUUAGAAAUACCUCUUUAAAUAAGUAAAUUAGAAUCUAAAUACUUACAUAAUAAUUGUCAAAAAGAAAUACAAAAAAUUAGUUAAGAAUAGAUUUUUGAUUUGCAUUUUAAUUUUCAAGAAUAUUAGACAACUAAAAAUUCACAAGAAAUUAAAGGUAAAAACAUAAAUACUAAAAAUUAAUUCAUUAAAUUUUUAACAAAAGAAGUUAAUUUUGAUACAAAUUUAAAAUGUGAAAUCUCAAUGAGAAUGAUUCUUAAUAAUAAUUUUGAUAUACAGAUUUCUUAUUAAUAGGAAGAUAAAGUUCAUCCAAAUGUACUUUCUAUUAAAGAGUAUUUUCUGUUUUAUUAAAAAAUAAAAAUCCCUUAUAAAUAGAUAGGAGUUGUAUAUGAAGAGAUUAAAGAUAUAUUCCCAAAAUUAUUAUAAUUAUUUAUGUCUAAGGAUCAAACAAAAUUUUAAGAACUUAAGAUUUUUAUUAAUAAUGACAAAUUUAAAUCUUAGUAUGAAUAAGAAUUAUUGAUGACAUUAAUUACUUCAAUUCAAGAAACCUAUUAAGAUUUCUAAUGGCAAUGGUCAGAUGGAACAAAAUUUAAUGACUAUGAUGAUGCAAUGAUUAAUUAAUAGAUUGAAAUUGCAUAUUAAGCCUAUAGAUUGGACAACAAAAAAAAUGAAAUGAUAUUAAAGUUUCCUUAUUCUUAUUAACCUGGUACUCAUACUAUUGAUUUGAAUAAAGGAACAAUUUUAGAUCAUGCUAGUGCUCUAAUCCAAUAAAUUAAAUAAAAAGAUGGAUAUUAUUAUAUUGGCAAAGAGCAAGCAGAUGAUAUUUUGAAUUAAUAUAUUCAAGAAAGAAUUUAAAUGAAGAAAUAAUAAUUCACAGUAUUUCUAAAAAAAUAUCUUAUAUUUUUCAAAACUAAAGAUGAGAUUUAUUAAAUUAAUUUAGAUUCUAAAUAUAAAAGAAAAAUAAGAAGAGAAAUUUAAACUGAUAAAUAUUUUAAAUUUAUACAUGAUUUCAUUUAAUAAAAAUGUAAUUAAGAAACACCUCAAUAAACUCCAGAUGCUGAUAAUCAGAUUUAUUGUUAUGCAAAAACAUUUAUUAAAUAAAAUUAAGAUAUUUAAUAGGCUAAAUUUAAGAAAACUGAAGAAAUUACAAAUAAAAUUAAUAUAAUCUUACAAUAAUAUAUAGCUACUUAUGAAAUUAAGCUACCUGUUACUAAUGAUUAGAUUUACUUUAGUUUUCUAGAUUAUCUUAAGAAUAACACUCUAUAAAUUGAAGGCGACUUAAAUUAAAAUGAAACAAUUUAUAUUAAAUCUUUUGAAAAGAAUCUCAAAUCAAUUCAAGAAGUAGUACAAUUUCUACAUUAAAUUCCAUAAACUUGGAAUACAUCCAGCUAUCAAAGAUUAUAUUAUUUUGAUAUUUUAUAACCAGAUUUUGAAGAAGUUAAGUAAUCUUUUCCAUUUUUGAACAUUAAAACAGUAUAAUUGAUUCAAAAUUAUGAUUUAUGGGCAAAAUAUUAAUCAAUCAAAAGUAAGUUGGAAGGUUGGAAAGAAGAAUUGUUAAUCUUUGGAAAUAAAUAAGAUUGUGCUUAAGAAGAAAUUGGAAAAGUAACCUUGUCGCUCUCUUUUGAUAUUGUAAAUGAUAAUUAUUAAUGUGUAGCAUAAAGGACCCUAUAUUAAAUGCGGUAAUACAAUAGCCUAUGUAAAUGAUAACUAUUUCGAAUCUUAAAAAGGAUAAAAACAGAUAAUCUUAGUAUAAGUUUUACUAGGAUAACCGUAAGACUUAAAAUAAUAAUUUGUAAUAAGUGAUUAUGCUGAAAAUAAUUAUAAAGAAGGUGAAUAUUAUUACAUAAAGAGGAAUAAGAUUUACCCAAAGUUUUUAAUAACUUUAAAUGAAUAAUGA